GCAUGGUGCCAUCUACAAUCAGGCUUCGACAGUAACGGUCGCCGUCUGCUUAGAUGCUCCGGUGCCGCAAGCUAUCCUGGCCGUGCACGCACCAAAAUUUGAACUCGUGGACGACCUAGCGCCUCUAAGUUUGGACGCGAGUACCAACCAGAGCACCUCUGUUAGCGAACGCUCUACGGAUCCCAUUCACUGGUUCUCCGGGGUGCUUGUUCCACCCUCCCUUCGGCACGCCCAAUCAUGUUUCCGCCGGAGUCUGCGUCUAGUUGUAGACUUAGCGACAAAGCGGGCAGCAUUGGUGGCAUCCACUGAACGCCUCGCUACUCUCAUCCGACAGAGAGAGUCUGUGGAUUCGGUCGUG